UUACUUCACCUCCUCGAUUAAAAAAUAAACCAGCCCCCGUCCAUUCUCUGACCUCCAUGACCCCGACACCCUUCAUUACCCUUUUCCUCUCUCGCUAUACACACCGAUCUCUCCCGUCCUCUCGCGACCUUGCUUGCAACAACUGUCCAAAUGGCCCCACGCAAGCAACCCACCAACGUUGCUGAAUUCCCAAUCCUCGACGCCAAUGGUUUAUAUGCCGGCCAGAUUCGAGGUGAUGGCAACUGCCUCUUCAACGCCCUGUCAGACCAACUCUAUGGUCAUCAGGAAGAACACAAAACGCUCCGGGACGCGACCAUUGCUCAUAUGCGUCUCGAGUCCGACUUUUAUCGCCAAUACAUGAUCGUGCAGCCCGUUCGUCGGAAUCCUAAACGCAAAACCACCGUUGCACCGGCACCCCUCAUGGACCUCAGCCACCACACAGAGGAGGAACUCCAGAAGCAAUUCGACAUACAUCUUGAUAAAAUGGGCCAGCCCGGCGAGUGGGCGGAUAACAUGGAGGUUUCGGCUUUUGCAUCUGCCUUGAACGUGCACGUCCGCCUCUGGCAAGCCGACUUCCACUACACCUUCUCACCACGCAUCUACUACGUCCUCGACGGAGCCAGCGGCGCCGUCGAUGACCGGCCCAUACUCAACAUUGCCUACCACAAAUGGGAACACUACUCCUCCGUCCGCAACAUCACCGGCCCCCACACCGGCCUCCCCCUCGUUUCCACAAACAUACUACCCUCGCCCUCGAGGAAACGCUCCAGCGUCGAGCGUGACGAUGUCGACAGUUCGAUCAUGCGAGCUUCCAAGCGACGCUCCCCUCAUCCUCUCUUCGAUUCCGAUUCGACACCGACGUGCAGCGAGAGCUCAUCCGACGAAUCCAACGGCCCGCAACUCUCACAAAGCAACACCGACGAGCUUGGAACACCUGAACCCGAGCCCGCACUCGAUCCCGUCCCGAGGCCCAAGCUGGUCCUCAAGCUUCGUUGCCUCAAGACAUGAGACGGUCGUCAUGAUACCCAUUGAUUGCAUUACUAUUGGCGUACUUUCUGUUUUCUUCCGUUUUGAAUCCCCGAUUGCAUACUGCAUAGCAUACGAGCAUGGCAUACUUUGCAUAGCCAACAUGGCAGGCACCAAAGCGCUUGGGCCUGCGCCUGGAUUUGGCAUGGCGUUGGUGUCUUUGGAUCUUCUGAUCUUCUGUUUUGAUGUGAAUGAAU